UCAUUUUGACUAAUACUAUAAACGUUUAAUUAGGAAUUGUUUUAUUAAACUUUUGCUGAUAGAACAGUCUCUAGGUAUUAAAUAAAUUGCUUAAAGUCAAUUACUUCUUUUGUUUUUCUUUUGCACUGAUGCAUAGCUUUCAUACAUCUCCUGAUUGUUUAAAUUCAGAUUCAUGGAGGCUGCAGUGGAAUUGGCAUAUUUGCGAUUCAGAUGGCUAAGCACCAGGGAGCCAUUGUAUUUGCAACAGCAGUGAUAAGGGACAGCACUAAAGGCCAAGGCGUUGAUGUUAUCUUGGAUUGCGUUGGGUUUAAGUAUUUUCAGAGAAAUCUUGAAUGCCUGAAGGAAGGUGGGAGACUUGUUCAAAUAGGUGGCUGCUGGAUGACACAAUACGAUUCUUAUGGAAAAGUACAAAAGCUCUUUUCAAAUUUCAAAUGCAUUGAUGUGGCUGCCUUGGUAUACAGAACUCCAGAGAUGAAGACCUCCAUUGUUGAGGAGGUUCAGGGGAAAGUGAUGCCUGCAAUUGAGAAUGGCGACGUGAAACUUGUGAUUCACAAGGUUUUUACAUUCGAAGAAGCAGCUGAGGCACACAAACUCAAGAAAAGUGGCAAUCAUAUCGGAAAGAUAUUGCUUCACCCUUGAUGGACCAAGAAACUCUUCAAAGAUUUUGUUAUCCAGCUGUUAGUUUAGUAGUAUUAACGAGGAUUCUUUAAAUACAGUCCUGUUGACUAGCUAUGUCAAGAUAUGAUCUGAUAACAUGGGAAUAGGAAUUGGACAUGGUUUCUGUAUGCAUGAAAUGAUGUUUUCUUAAAUAGUAAUUAAGGUCACUUACUGGUGCUUUGAUUAAAGCGUUGUGGUUAGGAGUUACAUGUCAGUGCUUAUAUAUAAUUGCGCAUCUCUUCAUAGACAC